AUGUUGAAAAAUUCUAUGCACGCUAUGAAAUAUCUAGAGUGUUCAGCAAAACAAAUGAAUGGUGUCAAAUAUGUCUUCUUCGAGAUACUUGGCGCAGUUAAACUUGAAGAUCGCAGUAGGGAGCAAGAAAAUCCCAACGUUGAAAUGACAGCAUCGCAAGCUCUUAGCGAUGUAGCAACUAAAAUUGCGAGUUCAGGACCCUUGUUAAGACUCAGCAGCCUUCUGCCAUUCAACAUAUUUGGAACUGAGCCGACACCUGAAGUUAACAACAAUAACACCGUUAAAAAAGUCACUGACGCCGUUAAUGGACCAAGCGAAGAAUCGAAGAAAGACGAGGGAAAGAAACCACCUCAAGAAAAAGAGGAUAGUUGGAAAGAAAAUCGAUAA